UAAAGCAAUGGUGGCUACCAAACAUGGCUGCUGGGCUACCAAACAUGGCUGCCGGGCUGCCAAACCCAAUGGUGGCUACCAAACAUGGCCGCCGGGCUGCCCAACCCAAUGGUGGCUACCAAACAUGGCUGCUGGGCGACCAAACAUGGCCGCUGGGCCGCCAAACCCAAUGGUGGCUACCAAACAUGGCCGCCGGGCCGCCAAACCCAAUGUUGGCUACCAAACAUGGCUGCUGGGCGACCAAACAUGGCCGCCGAGGUGCCCAACCCAAUGGUGGCUACCAAACAUGGCCGCCGGGCCACCAAACCCAAUGGUGGCCACCAAACAUGGCCGCCAGGCCGCCAAACCCAAUGGUGGCUACCAAACAUGGCUGCUGGGCUACCAAACAUGGCCGCCAGGCCGCCAAACCCAAUGGUGGCUACCAAACAUGGCCGCCAGGCCGCCAAACCCAAUGGUGGCUACCAAACAUGGCUGCUGGGCUACCAAACAUGGCCGCCAGGCCGCCAAACCCAAUGGUGGCUACCAAACAUGGCCGCCAGGCCGCCAAACCCAAUGAUGGCUACCAAACAUGGCUGCUGGGCUACCAAACAUGGCCGCCAGGCCGCCAAACCCAAUGGUGGCUACCAAACAUGGCUGCUGGGCUACCAAACCCAAUGGUGGCUACCAAACAUGGCUGCCGGGCCACCAAACAUGGCCGCCAAGCUGCCCGACCCAAUGGUGGCUACCAAACAUGGCCGCCGGGCCACCAAACCCAAUGGUGGCCACCAAACAUGGCCGCCAGGCCGCCAAACCCAAUGGUGGCUACCAAACAUGGCUGAUGGGCCACCAAACAUGGCCGCCAGGUCACCAAACCCAAUGGUGGCUACCAAACAUGGCCGCCGGGCCGCCAAACCCAAUGGUGGCUACCAAACAUGGCUGCUGGGCUACCAAACAUGGCCGCCGGGCCGCCAAAACAAAUGGUGGCUACCAAACAUGGCUGCUGGGCUACCAAACAUGGCCGCCGGGCCGCCAAACCCAAUGGUGGCUACCAAACAUGGCCGCCGGGCUGCCCAACCCAAUGGUGGCUACCAAACAUGGCUGCUGGGCUACCAAACAUGGCCGCUGGGCCGCCCAACCCAAUGGUGGCUACCAAACAUGGCUGCUGGGCUACCAAACAUGGCCGCCGGGCUGCCCAACCCAAUGGUGGCUACCAAACAUGGCCGCCGGGCCGCCAAACCCAAUGGUGGCCACCAAACAUGGCUGCUGGGCAACCAAACAUGGCCGCCGUGCUGCCCAACCCAAUGA